GAUGACUACGGAUCAAUCUCGAGGAGCAUGGGGAAGCCAACUUCAAUUCAUUCUUACUUGUAUUAGUUUCUCUGUUGGAUUGGGUAACCUAUGGAGAUUCCCGUCAACUGCUUACGAAAACGGAGGAGUGGUGUUCGUCAUACCGUAUGUGAUUUGUUCGGCACUCGUUGGUCUUCCAUGCCUCUAUUUGGAAUUUCUUAUCGGACAACUUACUCAAUCUGGUCCCUCCAAAGCCUUCCGAUAUUUCAUACCAGCUUCGCAAGAUUGUAACGAUGGAUCCAUUACUUUCUCGACUAGCAGAACUAAUUCAUCACUUGCCGCUCAAGAAUUUUUUCGUUAUCGAUUGUUCAUCGAAAAUGCCGAUGGUAUGGAACGUGAAGGUGUUUUCAACUGGGAGAUUUUUAUUGCUCUGUCAAUAUCAUGGGUUAUAACGUGUCUUUGCCUAAUCAAAGGAGUCUCAGUGAUUGGAAGGAUCUCAUACUUAACUGCAACAUUACCAUAUAUUAUAAUAUGUAAUUAUCUUCAUAAAACUUGCUCCUUGAUUGAUGUUGUGACGGUCCUUUUCAUAUCAACUUCUUUCAAAGCGAUAAUGCUAGUUCGUGGCGUGACGAUGGAUGGUGCUAAAGGUGGCAUUGAAUAUUUAUUACACCCUGAUAUGAACAAAUUGUGGAAGUUGACAACCUGGGUCGAGGCGGCAAAGCAAUUGUGCUUUAGUAUCGGUAUUGGCUAUGGCGGUCUGCUCGCUUUGGCCUCAUACAAUAAGAAAGGCCAUAACUGUUUUCGGGACGCAGUUGCUGUGAUUAUCUUCGAUGGCCUGAUGAGCAUGAUUGGAAGUGUUGCGGUUUUCUCCGUGAUUGGACAGUUAUCAGCAUUAUCCGGGAAACCCGUAGAAACCAUUUUUAGUUACGAAGGACCAUCUCAUCUGCAACGUGAUAUCAAAGAAGGACUUGACUCCAAAACAAAUACAUGGGUGAUGCGGAUUUUUGGCCCAUCUGGUUAUAUGAUAAUGGCUUGCUGGGCAUUUUUCACUCCUAUCAUGCUUUCGAUUAUUGUCGUGCUAGGGGUUCGCGAUGAUCUCGGGAAAGCUAGCGAUGAUCAGAAUCUAUGGCUUGAGUAUCUGCCUUUUAUGGCCAUUCCGAUAUUCACAAUAAUCAAUAUAUUCACCUUUAUAAGACGGGGCAAAAAUUUGAAGGAUGUAUUCCGCGUACAAGCUAUACUCCGGCCUCCCAAAAUAGCUAUAACAAAUAAUAAGGUACAUCAGGAGAUGGAGCAGGCGAUAAACGGAUGGGAUGAGUGGAAAGCUUAG